AUGGAAGCCGUCCCCACCCCGGCCGGCGCCGGCGGCGCCGCUUCCUCCUCCUCCUCCUCCUCGACCCCUUCACCCUCCACCAAGCGCCCGACCACCACGCUCCGCCUUCUAUGCCCCUCCAGCCGCGCCGCCGCGCUCCGCCCCUCACGGGACCUCCACGUGGACCAUCCGCCCGUGGGGGACGAGGCCGUGCUCGUCAUCUCCGGGCCGGACGCCCCCGCCGCGGCGGUCAGGGCGUGGGAGCGCGUGGUGGGACACAGGGUCGGGGGCGACGAGGCGAUGGGAGGGGAGGAGGAGGAGAGGGAGGUGACGGGCGCCGUCGGCUGCCGGAUGCUGGCCGCCGGCGCGCAGGUGGGGUGCGUGCUGGGGAAGGGCGGGAAGACGGUGGAGCGGAUGCGGCAGGAGAGCGGAGCCCAGAUCAGGGUGUUCCGGAACAGGGAGCAGCUGCCUCCCUGCGCCGGGCCGGGGGAUGAGCUUAUCCAUAUAAGUGGGAGCUUUUCUCAAGUACGGAAAGGACUGCUUGCAGUUUCAACCUGUCUCCAAGAUAAUCCUAGGCCAGACACAAGCAAUAUUCCAAUGUCUAGACCAUUUGGGCCUCCAGUUAGUGGUACUGGUUGUCCCCCUGGCAUGGAUCCUCAUUCUCAAAGAAACUAUUUACCACCGCACAUUCCUGAUUACCACACAAGGAAUUAUCCAAGUAAUGCUGGUGCCCCUGGACCUAGAUUCUUAUUUGAACAAGAGAUAGUGUUCAGGAUGAUAAUUCUGAAUGAAAUGGUGGGCAGCAUAAUUGGAAAAGGCGGUUCCACUAUCCGCGCAUUACAGAGUGAAACUGGUGCUUCUAUAAAGAUUUUAGAGCCUGUUGCUGAUUCAGAGGAGCGUAUCGUUUCCAUAUCUGCGCGCGAGAAUUCUGACAUGAUGCAUUCUCCAGCUCAAGAUGCAGUUGUCCGGGUCUACUCUAGGAUCUCAGAGUCAUCUAUUGAUAGAAAUUCACCUACACCUGCAAGGCUUCUUGUUCCGUCACAACAUAUUGGUUGCCUGCUAGGGAAAGGCGGAUCCAUUAUUACAGAGAUGAGAAAGCUAACAGGAGCUAGCAUUCGAAUUUUUGGGAAUGAACAAAUUCCAAGAUGUGCACAGCGAAAUGAUGAGAUGGUUCAGGUCACUGGUAGCUUCCAAUCCAUCCACGAUGCAUUACUUCAUAUCACUGGAAGGAUUAGGGACGUCAUCAUUCCCAAGCCACACCCCAGUGGAGGCAUGCCUCCAUAUCCACCUGCUGGAAACAUCUCUCUUCACCAACCAAGACAAGAACCACCUCCGCCACACCCACAUCACAGUGGGGGCAUGCCUCCAUAUCCUAUGCAUUCUUUCAGACCUGAUGCUCCUAUGGGUCCCUUUGAAACGGGUGGUCAUCGGCCACCUCCUGCGCAUUCGAUGGAACAUAUGGGUGCUGAUAGGAUGCCAUACUCAUAUGGUUGUGAACAAGGAGGUCCUCGUCCUUUUUUGGAACAGCCGUCACCAAGAUCCUGGGCUUCUGAGGCACCAAAUACAAACAGUGAAGCUCCAAGAAAUAUGCCUGAUGCGGUGCGAUCCAAAGAUUUUAGAAAGGGACCAGUGGCAGGUGAAAAUCAAGUGGCUACGCCAACUAGUACAACGACUGAAGUUGCUAUUCCUUGCAAGUAUAUAGGCUUUGUUUGUGGAACCAAUGGCAGUGAUAUUGCAGAGAUAAAAAAGAUGUCAGGGGCUUCAAUUACAGUUCACGAUCCGAAACCUGGUGAUGCAAAUUCAACAAUUGUUAUUGUUGGGGACCCGGAGCAAACCAAGAAGGCACAGAGCUUGAUUCACGCCUUCAUCUUCUGUGGUUUAUGUCAAACCUGAUUUGAGCGAUGCUACACCACCAUGAUUCCUGAUUCUUUAAUCUCGGAGAGGGGUCCCCGUGGGGAGAAUUCAAUCCCUGCCCCACUGCUGCCGGGGUGGAUGUAGGCAAUAACAGCCGAUGCAUGCCUUGUACAAAUAAAAUCUGUGUUUUGGGUUUGAUUUGAGGUAUGGUCAUGGAAUGCGGCAGGCUGGCUGCACCUCUGGUCAAGUUCGGCAAGUUAUCUAUUAGGAGUAGAGAGUUUUUUUCGUAGAUUAUUUGGGAAGUAUCCAUGAUUGAGAUUUUCAAUUUC